CUCGGACGCCAUUUUGGCUCCAUGUGAGCGCCCUGCUGGAUCACUAGGAUGUGAGUUCUGCCUGAAGGUGACCGUCUUCGGUGAAUAACAGCAGCUGGAAUGGCUUCGUUUCGAGUCGUGAGGAGAAAUCUCUGUGCUGCGGCUGAAGCAGCGGCUGCUCCGGUCAGCAGGAGCCGCUGGGAGAAGCUGAAGAACAGCAAAGCCGGUGUUUGGUGUCGCAGCUUGUUCUCUGACUAUAAGGAGGCGUGCAGGGAGAUGGUAGUCGGUGCCUGGGAGCGUCCGCUCAAAGCCUCGGUGUACGGGACUCUGCUGGGCGGCGCCUACGCCUGUUUCUACACUAAACCCGACCGAACGUCCUUCGAGGCCGACCUGCUGGAGCGCUCCAACCAGCUGGGGCUGCUGUCGCCGUGGAUACGCAGCGGAACCUCCGACGGCCACGUACAGAGCCUGGUGAAGCUUCGUAACGAGGGUCGGCUCCGUCACGCCAGCCUGGGCCUCCUCUCCUUGAUGUACCGCGCCGACUACGACCCCGACGCCACGCUGUACGAGGCCCAGUGCUCCAACCUGUCGGUGCCCUGGAGGGAGCUCCCUCACAGGGUGCUGGACGUCGGGUUCGCCGGGCGCUGGUGGAUCCUGGACUCAAAGAUGAAGGACUACGAUGUAAACGAGGCGGAAUUCAAGCGCCUGCCGCUGUACAUGCAGGUAACGUCAGCACCCAGCGUUCAGGAGGUGGAAAGGAAUGAAAGGUUACACAGAGAGUCCUGGUUACCGCUGACAGUGGAGGACGAGGAGAAAGAAACAAAUGUGGAGGACGAGAUGGAGAGUGAAGUGAGACCAGUACAAGCAGUGGUGGAGGAGCAGACUCAAGCUUGAACUGAGUGGAUUUCACACAUCAGGACAAAAACAUGCUGUAUGUAAGACUGUAUGAACCAGGACUCUGUCUCAUUUCAUGCAGAGCUGGAUUCAUCAAACUGGCAAAAUAAAAAUUAAAAAAAAGCAUCUGUGUUAAGAAAUCCUUUGAGGGGUUUUAAGAUCCAAAUCUAAGUUAGAUUUUCAAUUUCUGAUGCACUUUUCCCCACAUUUCCUUUUCUGGUAGUUUAAAAAUAUCAAAUACUUUCCGAGACAAAAGUUUUUUGUUUUUUUUUAAUUGCAUGUCGACUCUCUUUCUGCAUCCUUUUUCCACAUUGAAAUGUGAGUUUUUGUCUGAGCAACAAUACUUCAGUAACUAUUAACGUCUUGAUGCUGAUCGUCGUGAAUUUGCAGAGACAGUGUAUCCAUUCCCCCAAUGCCGGUUUGUACAUAUUCAAUACAUACCGAGGAACCUUUUGCAAGCACUGGUUUCUGGUAGGACCGAAAUUAUUAUAUAUCUGUUAUUUUCAUUAUUAUUAUUAAUCUGUUCAAUGUGUAAUAGAUAAAUCAACAAUCUCCACUUCGUUUAGCAUUAGCAGGAAAGCAAAAACACAAAUAUUUUUUGUAAUAUACUUGUAAAUAAAUUCAGGCAUCAAGGGGUUAAAGAAAAGGCUUGAUUUUUAAAAAAACUUACAUCUCAUAAUGCUAUUGAUUAAAAAUAUCCAAUAUUGAACAGUUAGAUCAGAUAGUCUCUGAUUAUGUGAGCUGAAAUGUGAAAAAAACUUUGACGCCAUCAUUUAAAGUCCCAUCUUUGAGCGCAGUAACAGCAAAAAUUGAUCAUGUAGAAGGGAUAUUUUCUGAACCAUAUGCAGCUGUAAGUCACAAUAAUACAAAACAUUUAGAAAAACUUUUAUUUUAAAAGACUUGGUCACAAAAAUGAGCCUUGAUUUAAGAGUUUAAAAGUUCCUGAUAUGACGUUGUCAUGUCAGCACAGCGUUAAAAUUCAAUAAAACAAGUGCAUCAAUGGGCAGUUUUAGAAAAUAAAUAUUUAGAUAGAUAGACUAUAGAUAGAUAGAUAGAUACUUUAUUAAUCCCGAUAAUCCUCAAGUAUUCAGCAGUUUACAUACAACAACUUGCUGUACAAUACUCUCAACAAAACACUUCUAAUUGUAAAAUCUAUAGAAAUACUGAUUGUAUUAAAAGUCAGUAUACAAUAUUUACACAUUUCAAGGCACAAUGAUAUAAAAUGAUUUAAGUGAGUUUAUUUGGAAAGUGAUGUAUCAAUAUAAAACUUUACAGAUACCCAUUCUACAUAUCUAAAGAUUAUGUCAAAAAUAUUUAUAGCAAUUUAGAAAUGGAAUGACCCUCAAGCAUUUAUGAAGUGAGACCAGUGGGUAAAGAUCAUAAAUAGCCUGGGCUUUCUGGUAUAUAUCUGUGGUUAGUGUUAAAGUGUGUGUGAUGCAGCACUUCUGUCUUCAUGUGAGAGGAUUCAUGGUGAUAGUAGGUACAGUACGUCACUCAGCUCCUCAUGACCCUCCUCACUGAUAACCACCAGGUGAAGCAGAUUACACCUUGACGAGGUCAGAGGUCACCUAAAGCGACUUCAUGUCAGCAGCUACCAGAUGUCAUGUGGAGGAAGCCGCAGGUCAGAGGCCAAGCUGUGGUUUAAGAGUUAAACUGAUCAUCUGCUGCUGGGUUUCUGUUCACUAGACUAGUGGUGUUACUGGAUGGAUUCUACCACCAGAGGACGCUCUACUGCUAAAUAUUAACAAUAAUAGGAUGAGCCCAGCCCCAUCAGCGUUCACUGUAGCAUUUAACCAGGAUUUCACGCUCCAUAAUGCACUAAUGUGGAACAAGGAAUAUAUACAGCGAAACAGCGACGUAGAGACAAUAUCACGCAGAGAGGAGAACAGUUAUAUAAUGGAGCUGCACAGUCUCUUAUACAAAAUGCUGGGAGUCCAGUUUGAUUUUUAAAAGGCUGACAACAUGCACACAAAACAGAUUAUCAACACUGGGGGAAAAUAUAUCACAGCUGCCAUGCAGGAUUAAUGAAGAGAACUAUUCGGAAUGGUUUGACAUUUAAGGAAAUUGUGUGUUUGCUUUUUUUUGCUGAGAGUAACUGGAUAACAUCCUCAUGCCUGUAUAGUAAAUAUGGUCAGGAGGCACUUAGCUUAGCAUAACAACUACAAAUGUUGACAUAGCUAGCUUGUCUCUGCCCAACAGGGAUAAAAUUUGAUGUCUAAUGCUUCUUGUGUGGAGGUUUAAUAAAACAAGACAUGUUCACUA